CGCACCGUUCGCAACCGUGGGCCAUUGUGCUUCGCUUGGAAAACACUCUACACGCAAACACUCUCAGGACAGGGUCCCGCAAAAAAGGUGUGUGCACUGCCCUGCGGAGUAGUGAGUCUCUUUUUCAUCUCUUCCCCUCGAGGCAACGAUAGAAAACGGUGCUCGGACGUGUGAAAAAUCACAGUCAAAGUGGUUCGCUCUGCUUCCCGCUGGAUUCCUUUCGUUGCGUGUCGUACGGUGAGGAUCCAAUCGCCGACAGCUCGAGUGAUGUAAUGAGUGUGUGAAGAUUUUCAACCCCACAGCAGAAGAAAAUCAACCAGCAAGUGAGCAAGAAAAACCCCAGCGGGAACACCGCAUCAUCGCCGGCUUUUUUUUGGGGAUUGUUAUUAAUAAAACAGCACAACCCCGGUGUGAGGGUUUUCUCCCCCCACUCUCCUGUGUGUGUGUGCGUGUCUGUGUGUAUGGUUGCUGGUGAGACGAUUGUUUUUCGCGUACGCAAUCAGCUAAAUUCGUCGUCCGUCACCGGGCCGCCCUAUCCCCAGGGGUUUGCGCACGUGCGUUCUUGUGUGUCAGCCAAUGUGUACGUGAGUGUGCGUGUGCCCGUACCGUGUGCCUGCGUGUGGAUAAAAGAAUUGUGGUCCCGAGAAUUUUAAUCUCCACCAAAUCACCAACCCCGGCAGAAGGUCUAGCAAAAAGGGCUACACCCGAGCAGCAGCAGCCCCAACCGCAUCGUAUGCGUGUACGUUUGCUUGAGAGCGUUAGAAGAGCAGUGUGUGUGUACGUGUGUGUGUGUCAUCGUAAUGUGAUGGAACUGUUGCGCGUUGUGUCAGUGCUGUAAUACGUGCUCAACCAUCCAAGUAGUCAGCUUUUCGGCAGGCAACAGAGAACACUUUUGACGGCGAACCCGAACGCAAUUAGGGAAGCGAGGAAGGCCGCGACGCUAGAACGACCCGUUUUUCCGUCGAUCCAUUUUCCCGAAGUGUCCAAAUUUACGCAUUGUGUUCCGCAGAGGCUGAAAACUGUUGCGGGGGCAGACAGAGAGAGAGAGUAGGAGAGAGUAUAAUUUCAUCGCAUCGCCCGGUAGAGGUUCAAACAUCCACCGGCCAGUUAAGCAGAGCAUUGUGUGAUUUUGUGAGCGCUUGUGAGUGUGUGUGUGUGUGUGUGUGUGAAAUCGUGUCAAGAAGGAUUUCCUGCGGCGGAAAACUAAACCUCGAGAGCGGACACCGCUGCGCAAACUAUCAAAGCUUCGUGACACACCCACCACCCACCGGGACCGCUGCGCUACUACGAUGGGCGACUACACGCUGGAUGUGGACAAUCUGAUUCAGCGACUCCUAGAAGCCCACAAACUGCAGCAGCAGCAGGCACAAGAGUCCCGGAAAAAGGGCAAACUGAAAGAGAUAUUCUCCCACGAUUUCAUGGUUCGGGGAUGUCGUCCAGGAAAAUCGGUACCUAUGCCAGAGGAAGAAAUUCGUGCGCUAUGCUUAAAAUCUCGUGAAAUUUUCCUACAACAACCAAUCCUGUUGGAACUGGAGGCUCCACUUAAAAUCUGUGGUGACAUACACGGCCAGUACACAGACUUGCUGCGACUGUUCGAGUACGGUGGAUUCCCCCCGGAGGCCAAUUAUUUAUUCUUGGGAGAUUACGUGGACCGAGGCAAGCAGUCGCUGGAAACGAUCUGUCUCCUGUUAGCGUACAAAAUCAAGUAUCCGGAAAACUUUUUCCUGCUGCGCGGAAAUCACGAGUGUGCCAGUAUUAAUAGGAUAUAUGGUUUCUAUGACGAGUGCAAGCGGCGGUACAAUGUGAAGCUGUGGAAAACAUUCACGGACUGUUUCAAUUGCCUGCCGAUCGCUGCCAUCAUUGAUGAGAAAAUCUUCUGCUGUCACGGAGGUUUAAGUCCGGAUUUGAACCAUAUGGAACAAAUCAAACGCAUCAUGCGACCAACAGAUGUUCCCGAUACGGGCCUACUGUGCGAUCUGCUGUGGAGCGAUCCGGACAAAGAUGUGAAAGGAUGGGGAGAGAACGACCGUGGCGUUAGCUUCACGUUCGGCGUAGAUAUUGUGGCAAAGUUUCUGCUAAUCCAUGAGCUGGAUCUCAUCUGCCGGGCGCAUCAGGUCGUGGAGGACGGGUAUGAGUUCUUUGCCCGGCGAUCGCUGGUGACGCUGUUCUCUGCACCGAACUACUGUGGUGAAUUUGACAAUGCCGGCGGCAUGAUGUCGGUCGAUGCAAAUUUAAUGUGUUCGUUUCAGAUUUUAAAGCCGUCGGAAAAGAAGGCUAAAUAUCAGUACAGCGGUACUAACAACCAGCGACCGCAGACGCCCCAGCGCAAUCAGAAUCCAACCAAUAAACGGAAAUAAUAAUUUCUCUCCCUUCUCAACCGCUACCUGACGAGACGCAGCAGCAAGAAGAAGUCAUCGCAGACGGCCAGUUCGUCCGCAAACACCGCUACCAAUGCCACUAACGAUUCUACCAUUGCCGUUUGUAACGAUGAAAUGCUAACCGGGACCUCCGUACCGUACGAUCCUGCGGCCGAGCAUCUGGCGCACUGCCAGGACCACGAUCGAGUUAACACAGUGAACGGCAAUACGGCAUCAGCAGCAGCAGCUGCAACAUCAUCAUCUACGGGCGUUGCAUCAGCACCGUCCGGCGCUGGUGUACCAUCGUCUUCGAUGUCGCUGAAACAUGUUCCAAUAAAAGCAAUAGUAUUUUCGGACGAAUCUUUGCCAAGUAUCGAUGGCGGUACGGCUUCGUCGCAUUUACGCCCUGCUACACCUUCGUCCCUUCGUCCGAAUGCUUCACUGACUGACCGGUGCUUGAAAGCUGCGGAGGAGGAGGAGGAGGAAGAAGAUUGUUCCUUACCUUCCCCACCACCUCCACCGUCGUUACAAACGGUACCAGUAAUGCAAAUGCAAGCGCUUCACUUACACCAGCCCGUCCCACAGUAUCAGCAGGAUCUAUCGCACGGCACGGACCGUUCCUGCUUUUCCCCACCGCCCACAGCGAUCGUGACCACCACUACUAGCCUGUUGCAUUCCACUGGAGCGCAUGCGAUACCGAGUGGACCAUCGGGUGCUAGUAGACAGUUACCUGCCUAUCCGCCGGCGGUGUCACUACCAAAGCCUACCCCUAUUUGGGUUGCAGCCGGAGUUCAGCAUCCAGCAGGUGGUAGCAGUAGUGUGAUUAGUAGUGGCGCGCUAGCCAGGGAACGGUCAGUGCCGGUCCAUGGCUAUUCGACCGCAUCUACCAUCGCCGUUGCUACUGGCAGUAAUAGCCCGGCAGUGGUUUCGACUGUGCCUAUUCUGCGCACCUUCGGUGCCUCGGCAGGCUCACGGCAAAAUUCCUUUGGCAGCUAAGGGCGUAGCACUUGGAUCGAUGCAAGGUGCAGUCCGCCUAAGCUACUGAAAACAAUUCUUCUGUUGUGGGUGUAUGGAAGCAAUAACCCUCUUCCCCCCCGGUGUACGUUAGUGGUGUACUUCGAAAGACAGUGUAAUGUUUGUGCAUAGAUCAAUAAUGAAACACAUUCUGCGGGAGUGAGGCGAAAACUGUUGCAAAAAGAAAGUCGGUCGAGAAUGUUGUUGGCAAAUGGCAAACGAUGCGGUUGGCAGAAGACGACGAUGACUAUCGCCCUGUGUUGCGGCAUAUAGGAAGCGAGUGAGAAUGUGAGAGAAUUCAAAAGGGAAAGAGAGAGAGAGAGAGAGAGGGAGAGA